UUAAAGAGAAGAGAAGAGAAGAAAGAAAAAAAAAUGUUUGUUGAGUGUUUUUUUUGCUUUGGGAUUUAGAUUUGUUAUUCUACUUGCAUGAAAGAGAGGGUUAAAGGGAAGAGAACGAUUUUCACAUCUUCAUUUGUUACUGGUGUGGAAGUUGAUUUCAAUGGGCUUAUGUAGCUUUUGAAGAAUAUAUUCUGGAUGGCAAAUCUGCGCUCAAAUUGGUCAUGAGAAUGCUUGUUGGAACAUGCUCGAGCCAAGAGAAGCUGAUAUACCCGCAUUGUUUCUGGUCUUGGUGGUGCUUCCUCUGGUUGCUUAUUUCUUGCUAGGGAAAUGGAGUGAGGUUUCAAAUAAACGAGAGAAGAUAAGUCUACUUGCUCAUCUUGCCGCUGAAGAAGCUCUUAGAGCAGAAACAAUGGCUGCUGCAAGUGUUACUCCAGUUGCUCCUAUUCCGAAGAAGGGAUUGCAUGUGUGUGCUAGGUGUUUUGGUCCAGCUACAACUCGCUGCUCGAGAUGCAAGGCUGUCAGAUAUUGUUCUGGGAAGUGCCAGAUUAUUCAUUGGAGGCAAGUUCAUAAAGAGGAAUGCCUGCAGUUGGAGAGCUCAAGCUCAAGCUCGUUUCCUAUUGUUGCCUCAUUUGAAGAAUCUACGCUACUCAGUGCCAACAUGAAUUCACAGUUCUUCGAGUACAUUAAUAAGCAGGCUGCCAGGGAAAAUGCACCUUUAGAUAACAUAAAUCAUUGUCCCAUAACCACUGGUUUAUUUGAUAAUGGGGAUUGUUCUCCUGCCGGUACCUCUCAAGUCUGUGCACCAGAGAAACGUGCAGACAAAAGAAUUUCUCGUCAAUCCAAUGGAGAAAUACUAGGAAGAGAGGAUGCAGCUGUAUUUGAUUCUUGUGAGGAGACCAUGAGGACUAGAGCAACUAGUUCGGCACCAAAUAAUAUUUCUUCAAAAGAAGCUCAUAGAAGGCAUAAGUCGAGAACUAGUGGCUUUGUUGUAUCCGAAGAUGGAAUCUUAAAACAGCAAAAUGCCAGUGGUUCUAACAUGCAUAUUCGUGGACAAAAUGCAAGUGUGGACAUGCAUGAGAGUCAUAAACAUCAAAGCCAACAAGGCAAUAUGCCCGAACCCAAAAGCAGUUAUGAAAUUUCUUGCCCACCAUAUUCUGUAAAAGGUGGGAAAAGCGCACAUGAAGCUGAAAAUGCCUUUGUCUGGACUUCGGAGAAUAUUGUCAAUAGGGAAAAUGCUUUCGGUGGUAAAUCAGUAGAAUUAGACUGUUCUGGGGUGGCAGCAGCAAAAGAAUGCACGAAAGUUAGAGGUUCAUUGCAGUCAGUAGGACCCAAAAUAUCCAAGUCACCUAAAUCCAAGUCACCUGAUGAAUUAAGUAUCAAUGGAGCUGCCAGCAUUGGAGUUAUGGAGAUGAUGGGUUCACGGAAGUCAUCUAAACUUGCCAGGCAGGAUUUUCCUGCAUCCUAUGGUGAUAGACAUAAGAAGAUAAAGAUGCUGUUUCCUUACGAAGAAUUUGUAAAUUUCUUCCAGUGUGAAGUCUUUGACUUAUUGCCAAGGGGCCUUCUAAAUUGCGGAAACAGCUGCUAUGCUAAUGCUGUUAUGCAGUGUUUAACCUUCACAAAGCCUCUCAGCAUCUAUUUGCUACAUGGAUAUCAUUCAAGAACCUGUUACGGGAAGGAUUGGUGUCUUAUGUGUGAGCUUGAGCAACAUGUUAUGUUGUUAAGAGAUGCUGGAGGCCCCUUGUCACCUAGUAGGAUCCUUUUGCACAUCCGAAGUAUUAAUGGGCAGAUGGGUGAUGGAAGUCAGGAAGAUGCACAUGAGUUCUUGAGACUCUUGGUUGCUUCAAUGCAAUCUAUAUGCUUGGAGAGGUUAGGCGGUGAACAAAAGGUUGACCCCAGGCUGCAGGAGACCACAUUUAUACAACAUACUUUUGGAGGGUGUCUUAGGUCAAAGGUGAAGUGUCUAAGAUGCUCUCAUGAGUCAGAAAGAUAUGAAAACAUUAUGGACCUUACUUUGGAGAUAUAUGGUUGGGUUGAAUCACUGGAAGAUGCAUUAACUCAGUUUACAACACCUGAAGAUUUGGAUGGAGAGAACAUGUACAGAUGUGGAAGGUGUGCUAGUUAUGCUCGAGCUAGGAAGCAAUUGCGCAUACACGAGGCUCCUAAUAUCCUGACAAUUGUCUUAAAGAGGUUUCAGGAGGGAAAAUAUGGGAAAAUAAACAAGUGUAUCACUUUUCCUGACAUGCUGGAUAUGGUUCCUUUCAUGACUGGAACGAGUGACAUCCCUCCGCUUUACAUGCUUUAUGCUGUCGUUGUACAUUUGGAUACACUCAAUGCAUCUUUUUCCGGACACUAUGUGUCAUAUGUAAAAGAUAUGCGAGGCAGCUGGUUCAGGUUAGAUGAUACCGAGGUACAUUCAGUCUCGAUGAGCCAAGUGAUGUCCGAGGAUGCAUACAUCUUAUUUUACAUGAGGUCAUACCCUCGCCCUCAAAGAGCAGUUACUGAAAAGAUCAAGCAAGUUCCUGCUAGGCACUUCGCUUCGAAAAUGGAGAAGCCGUCACGACCAGCACAAAGCAAAUCGAGUAGCCACUCUGUUGGCCACAAGCUUUACCCAGAUUCCAGGCCUGAAACUGCUACAGGCUGUAUCAAUCGCAACUCUAAUGGCAUUCUCAGUCAGAAUGCAAAUAGUAACAUUCAUCGAGUGGUAGAGAUGUAUGCUGGGACAACCAAUUUGGAGUUCUCUGAUGCUACGUCAAGCGAUUGGUCCCUUUUCACGAGCUCAGACGAGGCUUCUUUUACGACAGAUAGUGCUCGAGACUCUUUCAGUACUGUUGACUAUGCCGAUGCAAGCAAUGGAGAUCCAUUCUCAAUCUUCAACAACUUAUACACUCCAGAAUCAUCCUCUUGCAACACAGUUUCGUGCAGAAUGUUUUCAACUAGUAGACCCCAUACGGGGUACGUCUUAGAGGAGAAGUGCUAUGUUCUGGAUUCCCACUCGGCCCAACUAACGAACCGAGAUCAAGAGAACUUCAAACAGGUCUGUGAUUCUUUGACAGAUUUUUCUUUAGAUACUGACCACGGUAUGUUUGUAAAACACGGGAGUAACCCGAAAAGUACUUUUGAUAGAACUUAUGCACAUUGUGAAUGGUAGUUCAUGGAAUAUCCAACUGAUUAAAAUAGUGACUUAGCCAAGUUAAAGGUGUUGCCUC